GACAGGGCGCGUGACACACGACUCCGGUCGUUUCCUAUUUGCGCAGAUCUACGCGUGCCGGGAGUGUUGUUGAGGUGGGUCGCUCGAGGGCAGGAUGCCGUCCAAUAAGAGCGUAUCAGAUGCACCCAUCACUCAGUUUAUCAACUGCAGGAUCCUAAGAGACCACAAGAUACAGAGGGAGGACCUGUGGGUGAGGGAGGGCAAGAUUCUUGAUCCUGAAAAGCUGUUCUUUGACGAGAAAGGCUUUGCAGACCAGAGAAUUGACUGUAAAAACAAAAUCAUUGCCCCAGGGUUCAUAGACGUGCAGAUCAAUGGUGGAUAUGGUGUGGAUUUCUCCCAGGCCAGUGGUGACAUCAGUGGCGGUGUAGCCUUGGUGGCCAAAAAGAAUCUGGAACAUGGUGUCACUUCCUUUUGCCCCACCCUUGUUACCUCACCUACAUCAGUCUACCACCAGGUACUUCCCCAGAUCAAAGUUCAGAAUGGGGGUCCCCAUGGAGCCGGAGUAAUUGGUGUUCACCUUGAAGGUCCCUUCAUCAGCGAGGAGAAGAAAGGCGCUCACCCACCAAAAUUCCUGCGCACCUUUAAAGCAGGGGGGGUUACUGAUCUGCUGGAGACCUAUGGGCAGCUAGAUAACGUUGUCAUGGUGACACUGGCACCUGAGCUGUCCAACAGUGGGCCAGUGAUCCAGGAGCUAGUAAGGAGGGGCAUUACUGUCUCUGUGGGCCACUCCAUGGCUGACUUAUCUCAGGCUGAAGAAGCGGUGAAUCAGGGAGCCUCCUUCAUUACUCACCUCUUCAACGCUAUGCUACCUUUUCACCAUCGGGACCCGGGCAUUGUGGGAUUGUUAACCAGUGAAAAGGUGCCUCCAGGACGCAGGGUUUUCUAUGGAAUGAUUGCUGAUGGAAUACACACACACCCUGCAGCACUGCGCAUUGCACACCGAGCACAUCCAACAGGGUUGGUGUUGGUCACUGAUGCCAUAGCAGCAAUGGGUCUUCCUUCUGGUCAUCAUACUCUGGGCCAGCAAGAAAUAGACAUCCAGGGUCUUCACGCCUAUGUAGCAGGAACCAAAACACUGAGUGGGAGCAUUGCUACAAUGGACAUGUGUGUGAGACAUUUCAGAAAGGCAACAGGCUGUUCAGUGGAGGCUGCCCUGGAGGCCGCUUCUCUUCGUCCUGCAGAGUCGUUAGGCCUGAACCAUCGCAAGGGAACACUGGACUUCAACACUGAUGCAGAUUUUGUUGUUCUGGAUGAUGCAUUGACGGUCCAAGAGACCUACAUAAUGGGCCAGCAGGUCUGGAAGAAGUGAAGUGAAAUGGGAUGGAACACACUACACCAGGGCUUCUACACUGCUCAGUAAUUGGGCAGUUUAAGCGAACUCAUCAGGGAGCUCACCUCACUGGCUAUGAUAACCUAAUAUUUACAAACACAAACACACAGCCGAGAUGUGUGUGCGCUUGUGGUGGUAUAUCAAUAUGCCGAGGGAUAUCUCUCUGAAAUCCAAAGCUAUGCAAUGAAAACAUUUCUAAUCUAUGUUCACAUUUUGGGAACUGAUGUGGCCUUCAGUGUAAACAAAGGACGUGGGUCAGGCUGAAUGAUGCACAAACAAACAACCUACCUAUCCUAAUAUUGAAUUGGCUGAUAAACUUCCCAUACUAAGUACAACCAGUUUAUCUUUCAGGGCCAACACCCAUGAGAUUGUUAGGCACGUGUGAAGAUUUAGACACAUUUCAGUGGUCUUUCAUUUCCACAUAAAUUCAUAUGCUGAAAGGUGAUCUAUAGAAAUAUUUUUUUUAAUUGUCCUGCAUUCCUUGUAAAUGUGACAUUUUUGACAUUCAAUACAUGUGUAACAUA